AUGGAGAAAACGACAAACAACAACAACAACAACAACAGAAGAAGAGGAAGAAAACCACAACAACAGCAACAGCAACAGACUAUCAUCAUGAGUAAAAACUCACCAGGACUCGAUCGAUUCGAUGACCUACUCAACAGACUAAGAAAAUCAACACUCGAGAAGGAGAACCCAUUCCCAUCCAUCCAUGCACCCAAACCAAAACCACCACCAUCACCAACAAAACAGAUCUUCUCACCACAAGAACUGCAAGAACUACCAACAGAACAAAUCUCAGUAGAACCACUACCAGAUCCAAAAAUCCCUCCCAGCAAACACACUCAUUCAUUCAGUAAUAAUAAGUCACCUCUCUCGACUCCUCCUCAGCCUCCCUCCUCAGUCAUCGUCAACCUCUCCUCAUCUUCUUCAUCCUCAUCAACAACAACUACAACAACUACACCAACAACAACUACUACUACUCCGCUCGAUCAACCAUCAGCAUCACCAUCACCAGAAGCAGCAGCAGCAACAACAACAACAACAACAACAUCAACAUCCCCAUUAUCAUCAUCCACAGAAAACAGCAAGCUCGAUUGGGCUAGCUUGGUCGAAGCGGCGCGUCAAUCUGAUGCCGAAGAAGACCAGCUGCCUGACUUGACCGAAUGGGCUACCUCUCCUAAUCACCACAGUCUAUCUCCCUCUCAAGAACAACCAAACAAGAAUAUCAUACCUCCAACCGAUCCAGAUAGUCUCGCUCCUCCUGGUGCUCAGCUUAAUGUCCAAUCUCGGGAAGAAAUCGUCGGCGCUUUAGGGAGGUUGGUUAAGAUCCAACUCGGCGGUGCUAUCCAAUCAUCAUCAUCUGCAGUUAAGAGCACCGACCGAUCUGAAGACCCCUCGACCUUAACCAGACCUCCGCCAACCACGACUAUUACUCCUCCUGCUGCUUCUGACGCCGACAACAACGAGUAUACCAAAACGAGCAAACGUGACUCUCAUGCUUCUACGGCUUCAGUCAGCCAACGACGACAGCCGCUUCAAUCGCCCCUCUCCUCCUCCUCGCGGCUGUUGAACCAAAAACAAAAGCAGUCGAUUGCCCGGCUCAUCAUGCCCGUCUCCCCGCCACCACGACAACGACAACGACCAAUAUAA